GUGAAGCGCGUGACGGUAGCGAAAGCUGAAACAUCAGCAUUUCAUCUUUUCACUGAUGUGUCGCGGCGGUGCUGUGCUUCUGUGGGCGCGAAUUCAGUGGGAUCAUCUGUGGCCCUUGCGUGAAUAGACCCUGACCUGCCAGGAGGACGUUUCGCAUUCUUUCAAGGCGACGCUCAUCACUAAUUCAUCCGACUGAGCCCAGUGGUGCUCUGUGCACCUGCUGGAGAUCAUGCAGCCAGAGCCUUUGGAGAAGAAGCCAGAGCCUGGGCCAAUGCAGAACGGAUUGCCCACCAGCCCACCGGCAGAAGACACCAAGGAUGUGGAUGAGGAGGCGGCCCAGGGGACUGUGCCCUCGGCGCCCCCACUUCCACCCUCGCCACCGCCGCCACCCCCGUGUUCUCGGCCCAAGCUGGUGUUUCACACACAGCUGGCCCAUGGCAGCCCAACAGCUCGCAUCCACGGCUUCACGAACGUGAAGGAGCUCUACGCCAAAAUUGCAGAGGCUUUUGGCAUCUCUCCCUCAGAGAUUCUUUUCUGCACCCUGAACUCCCACAAGGUGGACAUGCAGAAGCUCCUGGGUGGUCAAAUAGGACUGGAAGACUUCAUCUUUGCACAUGUGCGGGGAGAAACCAAAGAGGUGGAAGUUAUCAAAACGGAGGAUGCACUGGGCCUCACGAUCACUGACAACGGUGCGGGAUACGCGUUCAUUAAGAGAAUAAAGGAGGGCAGUACUAUAGACCGGUUAAAGACAGUGUGCGUGGGCGACCACAUCGAAGCCAUCAAUGACCAGAGCAUUGUGGGCUGUCGGCACUAUGAAGUUGCAAAGAUGCUGAAGGAGCAGAGCAAAGGAACACCCUUCACACUGCGGCUGGUGGAGCCCAAGAAGGCCUUUGACAUGAUUGGCCAGAGAACAAGGGCUCCCAAGUCCAGCGAGGGGAAGAUGGUAAGCGGGAAAGAGACCCUCCGUCUGAGGUCCAGAGGGGCUGCUACUGUAGAAGAAGUGCCCAAUGAGUUUGAAGAGAGAGCUGCUAAGAAGGUGGAUGACUUACUGGAGAGUUACAUGGGCAUCAGGGACUUGGAACUUGCGGCCACCAUCGUGGAGGCAGGAAAAGACAAAAGGAACCCAGAUGACUUUGCAGAGGCUCUGGACUCGGUGCUGGGUGACUUUGCUUUUCCAGAUGUCUUCCUGUUUGAUGUGUGGGGCGCCAUCGGGGACGUGAAAAAGGGCAGGGUGUAGGGGUUUGACAGCUAGAACCUUGCUUCUUCUUCUGGGAAUGAAUGUCUUGUACACCCACAGCCAGCUAAGCUUCCUAACAGAGUUCCAUUAGUCCUCCAUAAUGGUCCUCCCUUUUUGAUCGUUUAUACCUGGACAUAAAUGCAGUCAUGAGGAAGUCCAUCUUAUUAAAACUUCGGGGUGUGAAGCUGUAUUUUUAAAUGUUAUAUUCUUAAUUCCAUGCCAGGUCCAGGUGCUUUAACACACCCCUUAGGUCCACGUUUGUAAUCAUUCCCCACACAAACUACUCAAGUCAUAAUAAAAUUAAAUAACAAUAAAAAAUUACACAUUGAUCUUCAUGGCAUCAUACAAAAACCAGCAGAGAUAUUCACAUGUAUGCAAGGCAGCCACAGCAAAAGUUCGUGAAUAAAAAAAUGGUACGUUGUACCAUUUUUGCCGGAAAAAUGAAGGUCUUCAUUCUUGUUUCAGCAGAACAUUAUUUGUUUAAUUAGAACAUAAUCUAUAUGCUUCAUAGUUAGACACACUUUGCAGUGAUUGUCAUGUAAGUCACUGUUGCUCAUUAUUGUAAAAUGUUUUAUAUUCUGUAUGCUAUCAGCUGUUUUUGUGAGGCAGCACAAGUUCUGCUGUGACUGGAGCAGUAAAGCUGUUUAUUUAAGGUUUAUUUAGAGUGUUUAUUUUUCUGUAUGGCCUUUUUGAGCGAUACUUGUCUGAUUACUAAAUAAUAGUGUCUGAUGGAUUCAAAACUGAGUGAUUUUAGUUGUUCAAUAGAUUUAUGUAUAGUGCUUAAUGCAAAUGAAGACCCGAUAAUACAAGGCUAAUAUUUUCAUAUGCAGUGACUGUUAUUACUAAUAAAAAUUCAAACAUUCAGAUAACUGUUUUGCGGUUCACAUCUCUGUAGAACAUUUAAGUGUAUCAAACUGAACUUUAAAGUGAGGAACAUCUUGUUUUUGGAAAUAAAACCAAAGUUGAGACUACAUUCAUACUGUUUUAUUUUUCAAGGAAAUGACAGUCACAACAGCAUUACUCUAUACUAUUUACCUCACAGAAUCUACACAAAGUUACCAACUGACUCAAAAUUAAUUAAAAUUCACAAUAGUGUACAGUAUUUGACAUACGUACUAAAACUGUAUUUUGAACUAAUAGUGAAAAGUUUCAAUACUCAUCAGUAUGGCAAGAGACCCAUCUGAUAAAGCUUUUUCUUGCAUUUCAUUACACAUGUACAGAUCUAAAAUUCGUGGGUACUGUAAUUUUUAUAUACUAUAGUGCAUUCACCAGUAUAGGCAAGCCAUAAUAAAUUAAUUUGCAACUAAAUGUAGAAUAUUACAUAAUAUUCAAUAUUCACCACAUAGUUAUAAAAUAUUACUGUUCACAUAGCAUUCUGAACUGAACACAAGUUUAUAAUUAGAGAUCUUUUUUGUCUUAAAAUCUCAGGUGUUAUUAGAGACUAUAAGGUUAAGACUAAGUCAAGUCUGUCAUGAAGAGCACAAGAAUUUGGUAUAAAUUCAAAUUUGUGCUCAUAAUGACCUUUUGUUGAUCAACUUCAUAGCCACACAUUUUUUCAGGUGUGCACUUAACUGUACUCUUAAACACAUGUUUUUCCUGGUUUAUUUUGCUUCCUCUCUUUAGAAGUGACAAGAGAAUGUGGCAAAGAGGAGCAACAUGAAGUCUAUCACUGGAACCCAGCAGGAACCACAGUCCACUUUUCUGUUCUUCAAUUUUCUCUUUUGGUCAACAGGGAGCGCAGUUGGUAAACACUGGCAGGAUACAAACAGAAGUCAACCGCUAACUUCAGUUUGUGCUGGGUGCACUUCAUAAAAUGUUCUUCAGAAAUAAUUAAGGUGCUGUUUUUGUUAACUGCAAAAGUCAAUUAUUAUUCCUAUUCUAUAUUAUUUAUCAGUAACAGCAAAAAACAGAAGUGGCAGACUCACAGGCACUGACACUAGAUGGGCAUUUAAAGUCUGAGAACUCAAAGCACUUGAUGAACAAACCCCGAAAUUAACAUUCUAUGUCAGUUACAACUCUGACAAUUUUGCACUCAUAUUCCUUUGUAAACUGUGUCAUAUAUAUAUAUAUACACACACACACACAUUUUCAGAACCGCUUGUCCCUUACAGGGUCACG